GUAUUUCAUAGGUUGAAUCAUGUUUUACGCCCAUUUUGUCUUGAGCAAAAAGGGCCCUCUGGCCCGUAUAUGGCUUGCCGCGCAUUGGGACAAAAAGCUCACCAAAGCACACGUGUUCGAGACGAAUAUCGAAAAAUCCGUGGAGGGAAUUCUUCAGCCCAAGGUCAAACUUGCGUUGCGGACAUCUGGUCAUCUACUGCUCGGAGUUGUACGAAUUUAUUCCAGGAAAGCCAAGUAUUUGUUAGCCGAUUGCAAUGAGGCGUUCGUCAAGAUUAAAAUGGCUUUCAGGCCGGGGAUGGUUGAUCUUCCAGAAGAAAGCCGCGAGGCAGCGGUCAACGCGAUCACCUUGCCUGAAGUUUUUCAUGAUUUUGACAACGAUUUGAAUGACUUGAAUGAUGUGGACAUCCAAGCGCAGUUUGCUCUCAAUCAAAGUCGCGCUGAAGAGAUCACUAUGCGAGAAGACUUCGGCAACUUGCAGAUGAGCAGCCAGUUCGAUGCCGACGACAACUUUUCUGGAAACGUUGGCCUCGAAACUUCUGAGGCGUCAGAAUUGCUGCGUGAUGAUCAUGAAGUUCCUGAUAGAGACCUGAAUUUUCCCGAUCCCGGAUUUGGUGCUCCGCAACGCUCGAAGUCACACUUGGCCGCGUUGGAAACGUCGGCGCCGCUGGAAUUGCCUGAAACUCCUGCCCGUAGCAUAAUUGACACCCCAGCGGACGACGGGUUCGGUGGACCCAUAGGAGCGGAUAUAAUGGCCGGAGGACUUUUUGAGGGUGGCAUUUUUGACGAUGUGCCGAUGGAUGUUUCAAAUCCUCCUGAACCAUUGGAUGACACCCUUGUUGCACCAGAACCACAGGAAGAAAUUCAGCCUCAACCGGAGGCAGUUUUGCCGCAAGAUAGUGACGACGACGCAUAUGACGAUAAUUUUGCUGACGCCGGACCCCCGUCUGUUGGUGGCAGCUCAAGAAGUGAAUCUCCAGCCCCAGUUCAGCCAGAAAGCGUCAUGCCACCUCCUGCCCCGAGACAAACUCGUUCAGCAGCAGCAGCUGCUGCGUCCUCCAUUAUCGACACAACAGCAGAGCAAACAACGUUAAUUCAGAAUGAAGACGAAAGUUUCGCUUUGGCACCGGUUGACGCAUCGGCCCUAAAAGGAUGGCCCAGAACUAAGAGGAAACGUAAGCUUAUUGUAGACGAGGUCAAGAACAUUUCAGGGGAAGAAAUGAAAGCCCAGUUGGCCGAUACUGCUGAUAUCGUCACCACUCUUGACCUUGCCCCACCAACCAAAAGACUAAUGCAUUGGAAGGAAACUGGUGGAGUUGAGCGGUUGUUCACCGUGUCAGGUCGGAACAUCCCGGGUAAAGAAAUGUUUCGUAUCUACUCGAGGCAUCUGAUCUCUCACGAAAUGGAAAACGAGGAGUUGCCUGAUGGACCAAUGGAUGAUGAUGUCCUUCAGUUGGAUGCUGCUGAAGAAGCUCCAGAAGAACAAGUCUGGAAGAAGAAAUCGAAUGAAGUCGAAGAAGAGGAACACCAUGAGGAAGACAAGGAAAACAUUGUUGAAAAUGCUGGUAUGCGCCGAUCAGAACGGAAAACGCGAAAACGGAAGGCCAUCAGCAUGGCGGAAGACGAAGAAGACAAGGAUGAGCAACUGCACCAGCAACUAGAACAUGAGCAUUUACAACCUCCAGCUCCACCACUCGAGCAAGAAAUUCCCAAUGACCUCGAGCAACAGCUCGAAGCAAUGCACGCUCCGUCAAUUCCGAAGGAAUCUACUCUCCUGGCAGAACCGAGCUUGAUUUCACCUCCGGUCAUGUCCUCCUCUGUGAAUGCAGAUGCGGACUUAUCCCGACUGGACAGUGUACAGCCUGAAAUGGCGAACAUGGGUUGGGAUGGACCGGAAAUCCCACAAGAACCUGUCCACGCUCCUCUCUCGCCGUUUAGUGUGCGAGGACCUUUUGCAAUGAUGACGCCCGGUCACGAUUUCGAUUUCCCUCCGUCGGUCGCACCUUCUAUGGGUCUUGGAGGACUGAUGGAUGAACCCGAAGAUAUCCAGGCAACAGAUGAAACCUACGAGGAAUAUGAGGAGCGAGUUCUCAAUAAGAGAGCUUUGCAGAUGCACCGCAUAUUCAAAACCAAAUUUGAUGAGCUCGAGAUGGAUACGUUAGAUGCUCCUGGUGAAAAGAGUCUGCAGUUCCAUUCGAUGAUCGUGAGCAAUAAUCGCAAGCAGGUCUCCCAAAAAUUCUAUACUCUUUUGGUCCUCAAGAAGGCGAAGGCCAUCGAGUUGGAUCAAGACGAGUCAUUUGGACCACUCAAAAUCACCAAAGGUCCCGAUUUUUUGACAUGUAAACUUUAAAAUCUUCGUAAAUAUUUUGCUGGCUUUCAUUUCUGACCCCGCCGGUUUUUAGUUCUGAGAAUCGCACUGGGAUGUGUGCGAAGCUAAAAUAGUACAACAAUUUCGUCAAGCUUUUAUUGUCGCCUUUGUCAAAAUUGUGCACGUUUUCCUGUUUUGGCGGAAGGAGGUUAUUGUUUUUUGUUUCACAUUCUCGUAAUAUUAACGUGCUUGAAUGACGGUUCUAAGAUAUAUGGUUUUAUACGAAAAUGGAUGGCGAAGCACGAUUGAGACAAGUUGCGACAUUUGUGUGAAUGAGUCGUUCUUUUCUGUUCUAAGUGUAAUCGUAAUAAAUUCUGGCAUUAUCAGUGUCAGUUAAAAAAAAA